GAACUAGAGGAGAGAGCGAGUAGAACGCAUGCACUCGUGUAGCGGCGUGCGCGACCAGCUGGUACGUACAUGCGUCUGCAUGCCCACAGUCACGCAGCGAAAGAGAAGAGAGAGGGAGAGAGGAAGCGAAAGAGAGAAAGCUUGUAGCUGUUUAGAGUAGUAUCACCGGAAGGCUUGUAGCGGUUUCUCAUCCCCACAGGAGUGAUUUCAGGACGGAUACGGUGUGAGCGAGGUGCCAAUCAGAUUGUUGGAGAUAGCCGAGGGGCUGCCGUCGAUGCGUCGCUGCUGUCAUCGGUACACAGAUCUCAUCAUCAAGUAAACAGAGACGACGAGCGAGCAGGCGUCAGCCAUGCAGCUACCACACAUCUCCGUACUCGGCUGGCUCUUCGUCCUCAUCUCCAACUCAGGUCUCAUCCUCAGUCAGUCGGAUCGGGAUAACACGCGGCGGACGACAGCCGGAAGCGUGCGCGGAUUCGUCCAGGAGAUCCUCGGCAAGCGCGUGAACACCUACUUCGGCAUUCCCUUCGCGAGACCGCCCGUCGGCGAGCUGCGCUUUCGCGAGCCGACGCCGCCGGAGCCGUGGCGCGGCGUGCGGCGCGCGACGACGCUGCCCAACUCCUGCGCGCAGGCGCACGAUCUCGCCUUCGGCAACUUCUCCGGCUCGAUGAUGUGGAACCCGAACACGAACGUCAGCGAGGACUGCCUCUAUCUGAACGUGUGGGCGCCCGCGCAGCGGCCCGGUAGCGGUGAGCUGCCCGUAAUCGUCUGGAUCUACGGCGGCGGCUACAUGUCUGGCACCUCCUCGCUUGACUUCUACAUGGCGCACAACCUCGCUGCGUUCGCCAAUAUCGUCGUCAUCUCGAUCCAGUACCGACUCGGCGCGUUUGGCUUUCUCUACCUCGGCACCGACGAGGCACCGGGCAACAUGGGCCUGCUCGAUCAGACGAUGGCGCUGCGCUGGAUCCGGGACAACGCGCGCGAGUUCGGCGGAGAUCCGGAUCGUGUGACGAUCAUCGGCGAGAGUGCCGGAUCGUCGAGCGUAUCGCACCUGCUGCUGUCGCCCGUGUCACGCGACCUCUUCAGCCAGGCGGUGAUGCAGAGCGCCGUCGCCACGAGUCCGUUCGCCUACAAGCCGCGGGAGGUGGCGCUGCAGCGCGCCGAGGCACUCGCCGAGGACGUCGGCUGCUUUGCGCCGGGAAACGUCAGCGACACGACGGCGUGUCUGCGACGCGUGCCGACGCGGGUUCUCAUAUCGAGACAGUACGCAGAGACGAUCAUCGAUGCGCGCGACCCGUUCUCCUACUUCCCGUUCACGCCGACGCUGGACGACUACUUCAUCCGGGAACCUCCGCAGGAUCUCGUCGACCGCGGCGACUUCAAGAAGACGAGGAUUCUCAUCGGCAGCAACAAGGACGAGGGCUCCUACUUCUUGCUCUACAGUCUGCCGAAACUGUUUCCGAAGAGCGAGCAUCUCGACAUAUCGCGAGAGCAGUACGCGCAGGGCACGACGCAGCUGUUCUCCGUGUACAGCGACGUCGUCGUCAAGAUGAUAGCACACGAGUACAGCCAGUGGCCCUACAACACGGCCAACAACGCGCAGUCUCUCAGCGAGAUGCUGGGAGACUACGAGUUCACCUGUCCCGUCAUUCGCUUCGCGGAAGCCUACGCGAAGGCCGGGCUCGCUGUGUACCAGUAUUACUUCACGCACCGAUCUGCAAACAACCCGUGGCCGACCUGGGGAGGUGUGAUGCACGGAUACGAGAUAGACUACAUACUGGGUCUACCGCUCGACAGUUGGCGAGACUACACGGAGAAGGAACGGAAUCUGAGCAUGACAACGAUGAAAUAUUUCAGCAAUUUCGUCAAAAGCGGCGAUCCGAACCGAGGCGACAUGGACGUGGCGACGCAGUGGCCUAAGCACACGAUCGACGAGCGAUACCACCAGGUGCUCAGUACAGGCUACCUCACGUGGGGCACAGCGCCGCGCAUGCGCCAAUGCGAUUUUUGGCGGGAAAUCGUGCCUUCCGUCAACGAGAUUGUAAUUCAGAAAACAGGUGGCCGGCUGUGUCCACGAACAGCAGGUACGAGCGCUCUCCGAGUCGGUGACGUCAGGCGUGUCGUCAUCGUCGCCGUGUGUAUACUUCUGGCCGCGGCAGGCGACAUAGGACAUUAGAUACGUGUACACACACAUGUACACGUGUGUGUAUGUCCGUUCGUGUACGUGUGUUGCUGCGUGCAUUAUCCUCGUAGUAGGCUCAAUAAACGUCUCUGGACAGACGCCUGACAAAGUGGCCAUGCUAAGCGAUGGUGGCGGCACCUAGUAGGGCGGCGCGACGGGCUGACCACACCGAUAAUCUCUGACGUUGAGAGAUGAGGCCAGAAAUGUGCGGUUCAUAAGUCAGCUGACAGCGCUCUCGUUUUAUUUGUUCUUCCCAGCAACACAUUAUUGUUGGGUCAAGUCAUCACCAAGGCGAGGCAAAGCCUUAUAAUUAUAUAACGCGUAAUUAUUGGUCAAGUUAAAACACGAACAAAAAAAACGCGAGCUAAAAAACGGCUAAGCUGCUUCUUCUCGAUAAAAAUGUUUAUAGAUGUUUUUUUAUAAUUCCAAUGUAAAACGUUCCAGUGUGGAACGCGUUUUAUUCCAUUGUGGAACGCAUUGUAAUCUGUUACGGAAUGCGUGCCAAUCCAUUGUGAAUAGCGUUUCGAUUGCGUUACGUAACGCGCGCCAUUUAAUAGUUGAAUUCAUUGGUUUCCAAGGUGGAACACCCGUACUCUUAUAUUGUGGAACACGUGGAUUUUAUCAUGGAACACGUGCAUAUUCUACUGUGGAAGGUGUCAAAAUAGCCCGAGCACCUGACUUUAGACUAGCAUAUUCGCGGGUAGACAGCUGAGCGCACAUCAUCCCCUACCCGCCGUACAUAUGGUAUCACACACUGCUAAA